CCAACACUCUCUCUCUCUCUCUCUCUCUCUCUCUCUCUCUCUCUCUCUCUAGUAGUCUAGUGUGUGUCGAGUGGAAUCACGAAAUUGAACUUCUGAUGAUUUAGCAUAUAUAUUUUGGUCAUAUAGUCUGUAGUAAACGUACAUAGAAGUUGAUUGAUUUCUUGGUUUCAUAAUGUCGUCGGAGAGCUUCGGAGUGAGCGAUUAUGUGCCGAUUCUGCCAAAUGCAAUGUCGCCGGCGGUGUCAUCUUCAUCUUCUUACUCAAUCCGGCGAGGCCCUGAACCCACUUUGAUUUUCGAUGAUUGCCCGAAGGCGACGAUCCUGUCGGUGUCGCGACCCGACGCCGGAGACAUUAGCUCUCUCCUUCUCUCUUACACCAUUGAGUUUCACUACAAACAGCAGUUUAGGUGGCGUCUAGUGAAGAAAGCUUCUCAAGUUAUAUACUUACAUUUUGCCUUGAAGAAGCGUGCAAUUAUUGAGGAAUUUCAUGAGAAGCAGGAGCAGGUUAAAGAAUGGCUUCAAAACCUAGGAAUAGGGGAUCAAAUGGCAUUUGUGGAAGAUGAUGAUGAACCCGAUGAUGGAGCUGUUCCCUUGCAUUACAAAGACACUUCCAAAUACAGAUCUGUUCCAUCCAGUGCAGCAUUCCCAAUCAUUCGGCCAGCACUACGAGGACACCAGACUAUCUCAGACCAAGCAAAAAUUGUGAUGCAAGGGUAUUUAAAUCACUUUCUGGGUAACCUGGAUAUUGUAAAUUCUCAGGAGGUCUGCAGGUUUUUGGAAGUAUCUAAGCUAUCAUUUUCUCACGAGUAUGGACCAAAAUUGAAAGAAGAUUACGUAAUGGUGAAGCAUUUAUUAAAAAUUCCAAGCAGCACUCCUGACAGAAAAUGCUGUGCAUGCUGUUGCUUUGGUUGCUGUACAAACAAUUGGCAAAAGGUGUGGGCUGUGUUGAAACCUGGGUUCUUGGCCUUGCUGGAUGAUCCUUUUGAUGCCAAGCUCUUGGAUAUACUUGUUUUCGACAUACUCCCGAUUUCGUGUAUAAGUGAAGAUCAAGUAUAUUUAGCCUAUGAGAUAAAGCACAGUAAUCCUUUGCGCUAUUCAUUUAAGGUUUCUUGUGGGAAUCGGAGUAUAAAGUUAAGAACAACAAGUAAAGCAAAAGUUAAAGAGUGGAUUGCUGCAGUUAAUGAUGCCGGUCUAAGGCCUCCUGAGGGUUGGUGCCAUCCUCACCGCUUUGGUUCUUUUGCUCCUCCAAGAGGUUUGAUUGAAGAUGGCAGUCAAGCUCAAUGGUUUAUAGAUGGUCAAGCUGCCUUUGAAGCAAUUGCUUCAUCAAUUGAGGAUGCAAAGUCAGAGAUAUUCAUUACAGGUUGGUGGGUUUGCCCAGAUUUGUAUCUCAGACGUCCUUUUGAAAACCAUGGCCCUUCUCGAUUAGAUGCCUUAUUAGAAGCAAAAGCUAAGCAAGGGGUUCAGAUUUAUAUUCUUCUCUAUAAGGAGGUUGCCCUUGCUUUAAAGAUCAACAGCUUUUACAGUAAGAGAAGGCUUCUGAGCAUUCAUGAAAAUAUUAGAGUAUUGCGCUAUCCCGACCAUUUCUCAACUGGCAUUUAUUUAUGGUCACACCAUGAAAAACUUGUCAUUAUUGAUUACGGGAUUUGCUUUAUUGGAGGACUGGAUUUAUGUUUUGGUCGCUAUGAUACCCCUGAACAUAAAGUGGGCGAUUGGCCCCCAUGCAUAUGGCCUGGGAAGGACUACUACAAUGCAAGAGAAUGUGAACCAAAUUCCUGGGAAGAUACAAUGAAAGAUGAAUUCGAGCGUGGCAAAUUUCCUCGCAUGCCAUGGCAUGAUGUCCAUUGUGCUCUUUGGGGCCCACCUUGCCGCGAUGUUGCAAGGCACUUUGUUCAGCGUUGGAAUUAUGCAAAGAGAAAUAAAGCUCCAAAUGAACAAACAAUCCCGCUACUUAUGCCUCAACACCACAUGGUUAUCCCCCAUUAUAUGGGAAGGAGCAGAGCUAUGGACAUUCCAAGAAACAGCUUAGAGGAACAUCCAAAAAGGAUUAAUAGACAAGAUUCAUUUUUCUCCCAAUCACCAUCACAAGAUAUUCCACUGCUUUUGCCUCAAGAAGAUGAUGGACUAGAAGCUGCCACUGGAGACCAGAAGUCAAAUGGUCUAAACGUAUACCAUAAUUUUCUUCAUCAGACAAGCAGAGUCGAUCAAAAUUUUCUGUUCUCUUUGAAUAAGGCCAAAGUUGAACCUUUAGCUUCAGAUACACAGAUGUGUGGUUUUGUUGACGACCUCGGUCUCAAUGAUCCUCAGCUUGCAAAGUCAAAUAUUCGAAUUUCAGAUGAGUGGUGGAAACUGGAAGGGAAUGACUACCAACUUUCUUCCAUUGAUGAAACUGGACAAGUUGGUCCGCGUACCCCAUGCCGUUGCCAGGUUAUUAGAAGUGUCAGCCAGUGGUCUGCUGGAACAAGUCAAACUGAGCAGAGUAUUCAUAGAGCCUAUUGUUCACUUAUCGAGAAAGCAGAACACUUUAUCUACAUAGAGAAUCAGUUUUUCAUUUCAGGUCUUUCCGGAGAUGAGAUUGUACAAAACCGCAUCGUAGAAGCAUUAUACAAGCGCAUCAUGCUAGCACACAAACAGCAGAAGUGUUUCAGGGUUAUUGUUGUCAUACCUCUCUUACCAGGCUUCCAGGGGGGGCUGGAUGAUGGUGGUGCAGCAACUGUGAGAGCCAUAAUGCAUUGGCAGUAUCGAACAAUUUGCAGAGGGAAAAACUCAAUUUUACAUGAACUUAAUGUACGACUUGGUCCUAAAACAUAUGAUUACAUUUCUUUCUAUGGUCUCAGAUCGUAUGGGAGACUAUUCGAUGAUGGUGCUAUUGCCACAAGUCAGGUGUAUGUGCACAGCAAAGUGAUGAUUGUAGAUGAUCGUGUUGUCUUGAUUGGAUCAUCCAAUAUAAAUGACAGAAGUCUGCUCGGGUCGAGAGAUUCUGAAAUUGCUGUGCUUGUUGAGGACAAAGAUGUCUUUAUAUCAUCUAUGGAUGGAGAGCCUUGGAAAGCCGGAAAAUUUUCUUAUAGUCUCAGGCUUUCCCUGUGGUCUGAGCACCUUGGGAUUCAAGGAGAAGAGAUCAGGCAAAUCAGAGAUCCUAUAGCUGACUCAACAUACAAAGGUAUAUGGAUGGAAACCGCAAAGAAGAAUACCCAGAUCUACCAUGAUGUUUUUGGUUGUAUACCUAAUGAUCUCAUACAUUCCAGAGCUGCCCUCAGACAAACCAUGGCUGAAUGGAAGCAUAAACUUGGACAUACCACCAUUGAUUUAGGAAUUGCACCUGAGAAGCUAAAUGAAGAGAGUAAAGCCACAGAUCCACUGGAGAGAUUGAAGUUGACGAGGGGACAUCUUGUUUUUUUUCCCUUGGAGUUCAUGUGUGAAGAAGAUUUGAGACCAGUGUUCAAUGAGGGCGAGUUUUACGCAUCUCCCCAAGUGUUUUAUUAACCAGUAUAUGAUUUGAUGGUGGGAAUAUGUCUUCAGAUGUGUUUUAUUGUGUACAGUUCAAUGAAAAGAUGAAAUAUAAAUAAAUUUGAAAAUGGAUAGACCC